AUGACUGCUGAGGAGAUUACGCUUGACCUUGAGGAGUUGCGUUCUCUGCGUGCUCUAGCGAAGAGGCCUGCAGUUCAGAAAUGGAUUGAGAGCAAGAUAGGAGAACUCAAUGCUUUACAACCCACGCGAGCUCCUGAAGCUACUACACCCUCGUCAGCUGCCAAUCCGGAGAAAUCUGCACCUUGUCCAAAUCUUCCCACUGUUAAGGUUACGAAUUAUGGCUGGGACGAGUCUGACAAGUUCGUCAAGGUUUAUAUUACAUUGCAAGGAGUGCAGAACGCGAAUCCUUCUACAAUUCAGCAUAGUUUCACCAACACUGGAUAUGAUAUAACAGUUUCUAAUCAUGGCGGAAAGAAUUACGUAAUGACAAUGAAGGGACUACGAGACGAAAUAGUGCCGGAGAGUAGUCAAAUCAAGCAAAAAACUGACAUGCUUCUGGUUAUGAUGAAAAAGCGAAACGAAGGAAAGAAAUGGGAGCAACUUACGAAGCUCGAGUACGAUCAAAAGCAGAAAAGAAAACCGAAAUUCGAUGACAAGGAUGAAGAUCCACAAGCGUCGUUAAUGAACAUGAUGAAACAGAUGUAUGAUGAGGGCGAUGAUGAGAUGAAGCGUACGAUCCGAAAAGCAUGGCAUGAAGGACAAAAUAAGAAGAACUCUGUUGACCCGCCAAACUUUGGCGAUCUUUGA